AUGGGGGGGAGAGAGAGAGAGAGAGAGAGAGAGCGAGAGCGUUGCCCUGAGAUACAGGAUGUCGUAACGAGACGGAGCGCUGAACUGCGGAGGGGAGCAGAGAGACGCACACAGAGAGAGACGGCUCAUGUUUCCACCCGCAGCAGCACAGAUCCCCCCGCCCGCGUGAGCAGUGGAGCGGCCCUCUGCGCGCACAGAUCUGUUAUUGUGCAGCGCUGCAGAAGACGGAGAGACAGAGACAGACAGCGUGUGGGAGCCUCGCACUUUCUCAGCGUCAUUCAGGAAACGACGGCGGCGGAGGACGAGUGCGAGCGAGCAGCUACAGCCGGCAGGGCGGCGGUGCUGAGACCUUCCUCGCGUCCGCCGCUCGCCGCACCCCCGUCCCGGAGCAGAGAGAGAGAGAGAGAGAGAGAGAGAGAGAGUUUUAUUCCUCCUUGGUACGGCUCCGUUGUUCUCUCGGGAGCGAGCGGCUUGCCCAUGUCCGUCAACUCAGAAAAAUCCUCUUCCCCAGAAAGGCCCGACACACAGAAGGUUCCGUCCCCUCCUCCUCCUCCUCCUCCUCCUCCGCCCCCCCCUCCCGAGCCUGUGGCCCCGCCGGAGCCAGAGGAGGAGAUUCUGGGCUCUGAUGAUGAAGAGCAGGAGGAUCCAGCCGACUACUGCAAAGGAGGUUACCAUCCCGUGAAGAUCGGAGACCUGUUUAACGGCAGAUACCAUGUCGUCCGCAAGCUGGGCUGGGGUCACUUCUCCACCGUCUGGCUGUGCUGGGAUAUUCAAGCGAAGCGUUUUGUUGCGAUGAAGGUCGUAAAGAGUGCACAGCACUACACAGAGACGGCACUGGAUGAAAUAAAAUUACUCAGAUGUGUGCGUGAGACUGAUCCUGAUGAUCCUAAUAAGGACAUGGUUGUUCAACUCAUAGACGACUUCAAGAUCUCAGGGGUGAACGGGAUUCACGUGUGCAUGGUGUUUGAAGUUCUUGGUCAUCAUUUGCUCAAGUGGAUCAUCAAGUCAAAUUAUCAGGGUUUGCCGUUACCCUGCGUCAAGAGCAUCAUUAGACAGGUUCUGCAGGGCCUCGAUUACCUUCACAGUAAGUGUAAGAUCAUCCACACGGACAUCAAACCGGAGAACAUCCUCAUGUGUGUGGACGAGGCUUUCGUGCGCAGGAUGGCGGUGGAGGCCACCGAGUGGCAGAAAGCCGGAGCACCGCCGCCGUCUGGAUCCGCUAUCAGCACGGCACCUGAACUCAAACAGGUGGGGAAGAUCUCCAAAAAUAAAAAGAAGAAGCUGAAGAAGAAGCAGAAGCGGCAGGCGGAGCUGCUGGAGAGACGCAUGCUGGAGAUCGAAGCUCUGGAGCGAGAGGCGGAGAAGCAGAGAGCCGGCGGAGCGUCGGACGCCGCACACGGUCCCAGCUUGGCUCUGGCGGACAGCGAGGAAGAUGAAGAGGAUGAUGAGGAUGCAGAUGAGGACGAGGAGGCCGAGGUAGAGAAGGAGCGGCCCGUCAGACUCACCAACCACACAUGUGCGGAGCCUGAUCAGGAUCAGCAGGAAAUAGAGGAGAACGAGGAAGGCUGUGAUGUCCGUCCCACCGCCGACUGUCCCACUCCCACUGAAGAAGAGUCACAUGCGUGCGCACACUCUCCAUCUGAGCGACAGGACGCUCCUGAGAACGAGUGUGAAAACUCAAAAGAGCAGCAAGAGCAGGAUGGAAAUGAAGACGUGAGAGAGGAAGAGGACGAUAAAGAGGAGGAAGAGGAGACGGAAGCCACACCCUCACAGAGCACCGAGGACGAGCCGAAGACACACGAGUGUCCGAACGAGGAAGAAGCAGAUCCACCGAAAGUGACGAUAGAGAAACAAGAAGAUGAGGAGGAGGAGGAGGAGGAGGAGGAUGAAUACGAAGAUGAAGAAUAUGAGGAGGAGGAGGAGGAGGCAGAUGAUGAAGGCCAGGAACAUUCCAGGAAGGACCACAAUGACGCCUCUAAAACGAACGGUCACGUGAUCAUGUGUGCGCAGGAGCGUCUGUCGCCCAGCGUGCCGCUGUCCUCGCCUCUCCUCUGCCCUCUGGUGGAGUCGGAGAUCAGCACGACUGACCGCGACGCUUCCGAUGCCUCGUACGAGCUUCACAAUGGAGAAACCGGACUGACGAACGGAGCGCGGCACCGUGGCACCACGCCACGCUUCCCCGAGCUUCCUCUGGAUCCCAAACCGGACGACUGUGAGCACGACGAGGCCCAGGCGCUCAGCGGCAACACUGACCGCAGCCGAACAGUGUCGUCAUCCAGCACCGGAGACACGCCGAAAGCGAGGGUCAGUGCGGCUGAUCUGCUGGUGAAUCCCCUGGAUCCGAGGAACGCAGACGUUCUGAGAGUCAAAAUCGCUGAUCUGGGCAAUGCAUGCUGGGUGCACAAACACUUUACGGAGGACAUCCAGACGCGGCAGUACCGCUCCAUCGAGGUGCUGAUCGGAGCGGGAUACAGCACACCCGCUGAUAUAUGGAGCACGGCCUGCAUGGCGUUUGAGUUGGCCACUGGUGACUAUCUGUUUGAGCCGCACUCUGGUGAAGACUACUCUCGUGAUGAAGAUCAUAUAGCUCACAUCAUAGAGCUUCUUGGCUGCAUUCCUCGACACUUUGCUCUUUCUGGAAAAUAUUCCCGGGAAUUCUUCAACCGGAGAGACCACAUCGCUCUGAUUAUGGAGUUACUGGGAAAAAUCCCCCACAAGAUCAUCGCAGCCAGAAAAUACAGCUGUGAGUUCUUCUCAAAGAAAGGUAACGCUGACAGUCUGACUUCCGGCUCUGCUGUUCAGGAGCGUUUCAUCCACUCCACUGAGCUUGGAAACUUACCGAUGUACAGAGAUCCAGCAAACUGUCCAAAAACUCGCAACUGCUUGAGCGCAAGAUAA